AUGUCGGCUGAAGCUGCUUCCCACAUCACUCAAGGAGCCCUUAGGGCUGUCUUUGAGCAAGGCCGAGAAGCGGUUGGAGAACCUGUCGUCCAAGCUGUACAGAUCAAGCCUCUCGAAGCAAAGGGUGAUGGCCCCGAGCGGUACCGGGUGGUCUUCAGCGACAUGCAGAACUUUGUCCAGAGCAUGAUUGCGGAGAAGUACUCCUCGGUAGUUAGCGACGGUACACUGAAGCGCGGCGCAAUCGUCCGGCUGAUCCAGUACACGCCGAACGUCAUCAAAGGGAAAAAAAUCCUUAUCGUCGGCGAGGUACAAGUCUUGUCAGAACUGGGCGAGCACGAGAAACUUGGGAAUCCCAAGGGCUUGGAGGCGGCACCGGAACAGGAGCAGCAGAAUGCACAACCGGGAUCUAUAUCAGGCGACGGGUUCUAUGGAGCGAAACCGCAACAGCAACAGCUGCAGCCUCAGCGGCAAAACCUCCCUUCCCGCACGAAUGUGUCCGCGGAUUCCAGCGCAAACCACGGCAACAUCUACCCGAUCGAAGCUCUGUCACCCUACUCUCAUAAGUGGACAAUUAAGGCGCGAGUAACCUACAAGUCUCCGAUCAAGACAUGGCAUAAACAAAGCAGUGAAGGGAAGCUCUUCAGCGUAAACUUACUGGAUGAGAGUGGAGAGAUAAAGAUGACCGGCUUCAAUGCUGAGUGUGACGCAUGGUAUAACGUCCUACAAGAGGGCAGUGUAUACUACAUCUCGAGUCCUUGCAAGGUCAACAUGGCGAAGAAGCAGUUUUCAAAUCUCAACAACGACUACGAACUAGCGCUUGAGAGGGAUACGGUCAUAGAAGCGGCUCCCGACCAAAGCAGCGUACCGCAAGUGCGCUUCAACUUUACCACCAUAGGAGAUUUGGAGUCUGUCGAGAAGAACACCACCAUCGAUACUAUCGGCGUCCUCCAACAGGUCGGUGAAGUCUCAGAGAUUGUGUCGAAAACUACAAGCAAGCCCUAUGCCAAACGCGAGCUGACUCUGGUCGACAACACCAACCACUCCGUCCGGCUAACGAUAUGGGGAGAUACCGCGCACUCGUUCGACGCGCCAGAAGGAAGUGCAAUCGCAUUCAAGGGAGUCAAAGUAUCGGAUUUCGGCGGCCGAAGUCUGAGCUUGCUCAGCUCAGGCUCCAUGACUAUCGAUCCUGACAUCGAUGAAGCGCACAAGCUGAAGGGCUGGUACGAUGCCCAAGGCCGCCAGGACACCUUCCAGUCCUUCCAGAACAUGGGUGCAUCACUGGGUGGUGGAGGAAACAGUUCCAAAACUAUCCAAGAGGUCAAGGAUGAGAACCUUGGGAUGAACGAAGAAAAGCCCGAUUACUUCAACCUGAAGGCCACAGUCGUCUUCAUAAAGCAGGACAACAUCGCCUAUCCCGCAUGUCUGUCCCCAGACUGCAACAAGAAGGUUGUAGAGGUCGAUCCAGGCCAAUGGCGCUGUGAGAAGUGCGACAAGACACAUCCGAGACCGCAAUACCGCUACAUGAUGUCGAUCAACGUCAGCGAUCACACUGGACAGAUGUGGUUGAGCGCCUUCGACGACCACGGUAGGCUUCUGUUGGGCAUGGACGCCGAUCAAAUCAUGGCCUGGAAAGAGGAAGAGAACAAACAGGCGCUUGACGAUGCCUUCCAGGCUGCUAACUGCAAGACUUAUGUCUUCCGGUGCCGGGCGAAGAUGGACAACUUCCAGGAUCAGCAGAGGGUGAACCUCACGACUCAGAAGCGCCUCGCGGCGUCCGUCGCCGGCUGCGGCAAGCGCAAGAUCUGGAUGGACCCGAACGAGAGCAACGAACUUUCAAACGCCAACAGCCGCAACACCAUCCGCAAGCUCCUCAAGGAUGGCCUCAUCAUCAAGAAGCCCGUCACUAUGCACUCGCGUGCCCGCGCCCGGGCCUUGACCGCCGCACGACGGAUCGGCAGACAUCGGGGUUUCGGUAAGAGGAAGGGUACUGCGGACGCUCGUAUGCCUAGCCAAGUCCUAUGGAUGCGUCACCAGCGUGUCCUCCGCCGUCUCCUCGUCAAGUACCGCGCCAGCGGCAAGAUCGACAAGCACCUCUACCACGAGCUCUACGCGCUCAGCAAGGGUAACACAUUCAAGCACAAGCGUGCUCUCGUCGAACACAUCCACAGGGCCAAGGCCGAGAAGCAGCGCGAGAGGAUCAUCAAGGAGGAGAUGGACGCCAAGCGUGCGAAGACCAGGGCUGCGAGGGAAAGGAGGCAGCAGCGCGUGGAGGAGAAGAGGCAGGCGACCGUUGCGGAGGAGUAA